AUGGAUGACAUUGAACAUGGAAAAAUGAGAAGUUACAUUUUGGUCGAUCAUAAGCACCUUAAAGAGUCUUAUGACAAUGAUAGAGACAUCAGUCAAAGGUUGGACGGCGUAGAGAAAGCUGUUCAACAGCUCACAGAUCAGUUUCAGAACAAUCACGGCGAGAUGACGCUUUCAAUGUUUUUCGAAAGACUGAAAAUUGACCAAAGAAAUCUCCUCUAUUCAUCUUUUGCGGACGUUUUUACACAGCUUGUAGAAAAAAAUGCACCUGAAAUUGUUGGAGAAAUACACCCGGACAUGAAAGCUCUUCUUAUCCAUACCAUCUGUGAGACCUGGAGGAUUUUUGACAAUCCUUAUGAGGGAAGGCGAAUUGUGGGAGCCAAAAGAGAGUGCCUGAAGAUACAGCUCAACUUUGAAAAUGCCAUUUGGAUGUGGAAGUUCAUCAAAUACUACAUAUCAGGGACUCUUGACUCUGCUUUCGAGCCAAUCAAAACACUUUUAAGAGCCAAAAAGGAAUUUAAAAACUUGGAAAUUACAGUCGUCCUACCGGACGUGUUUGCUGCUUUGUAUCAAUCAGGUAAACCUAAAGAGAUUGACUCUAGCUUUACGAUGUGCGUAUUGGAAUUGUUGAACCAAAGGCUGAUUCCAUUAGAUGAAAAACAACAAGAUGACAGUGUUCACAAAAGUCUUCCAUUGAAGUUGACGAAAUUUCAGCAUGAUAAAGACAAUGCCGAUAUUCGAACGUGGAAAAAGGAAUCUGAUAAACCUGAAGAGACUUUAGUUGAGAAAACAGAGCGAUUAUGUGUAGAUGAAUAUAAAACACCCUUGGAGAAACUCUAUUUGGAUGAAUCUGGGCGAAAGAUAACUACGACUUUGACAUUGAAACCAUCGGAAAAGUUAUUUGAGGAAUUUACUAUUGACGAAUCCGGAAAAAAAGUUAAGAUUUUGUUAGCUGAAAAAUUAGAAAAGCCUACUGAAGAAGUAACUGUUGACAAAUUCGAAAAAAAAGGUCAGGCUUUUAUACCGGAAAAAUUAGGAAAACCCAUUGAAGAAUUUACUAUUGAUGAGGCCGGAAAAAAGGUUAAGACUACAAAAAAAGGUGAAACUUUGAUUAUAGGAAAAACCGUGCAUAACGAAGAAUUUACUAUUGACGAAUCUGGACAAAAGGUUAAGACUUUGAUAAAGGAGGAAGUUAAGAUUAAUGAAUCCAGGCAAAAGCAUUUGAAGUCGAAACGAACUAGAAAGCUGAAGAAGAAAAGUACCAUUGGAAAAUCGGGCGAAAGGAGUUUGACAACGGUUGAGCCUAAACCGAUGAUGACACUAUUUUCGAGAAAUAGGUCUGAAUCGAAGAAAGGAAAAGCUAAAGAGAUUGAAUCUAGGUUUAUUCCCGUUGAUGAAACACAACACGAUGACACUGUCCUCCAGUUGAAGAUGACGAAUUUUGAGCAGGAUGUGGAUGCAAGUAAGAUUGGCAAAUUAGACGGAAGGAGCUUGCCACUGGUUGAGCCGAAACAGUCGAUGGCAAUAUUUUCGAGCAAUACGUCUGAAUCGAAGAAAGUUCGACAAGCUGAUGAGGGCUUCAUCCUGAACUUUACACUAGAUACAACCAUCCAAGUAAACUAUCCAUCUGACUGCCUUGCCUGCCGCCUUUCCAACAUACUCCUACUGCCUGGAAACAGUUUGCUUCUGGCUGAUCAUGACAACAAAAACGUGAAGUUGAUUGACCUGUGGACCAACAACCUCAUGUCUUGCGUCAGUGUGCCCGUUCAACCAAUGGGCAUGUGUGUUCUCCCCGAGCACCAGGUGGCUGUAUGUUUACCAAUUACUGGAACUGCAGGGCGUAUUCAGUUCCUAGGGGUGCUGGGGAAACUAUCCCUUAAUCGAAGCAUCGAGGUGACAGGUGGCUGUCGAGGUAUUGGUUACCUUGAGAACAGGUUAAUUGUGUCUUUCAUGAGUGGAAAGGUGUGUAUAAUGACCAUGAGUGGAAAAGUGAUUAAGAUGAUAGGCAGAAAUAACAGUGGACAAUCAAUAUUUGUCUAUCCAUUGCACCUGACAGUGGUCAGUGAAGGCCAGAAAGGAGUGAUAUAUGCAUCCGACAGUGCCAUGCACACAAUCACGAAGCUGGACAUGGACCUGAACAUUCUCCAGACAUUCGAGGACCCUGCACUGAGAGGCCCAAGAGGCAUCACUGCUGUGGGAAACCAGCUCCUUAUUUGUGGUUUAUAUAGUAACAACAUAAUGAGCCUAGACCUGCAAAGUAGCCAGAUGACCCAGCUUCUGCGGAAGAAAGAUGGUGUACAGAAACCAAUGAGUGUCUGCUACAGCCAACAGCAAAACAAGUUAUAUGUUUUAUGUGAUAAAUAAAUAUUGUAAGAGAGUACAUGCCAUCAAAUAAUAUCUAAAAAGGAAAGGAGGAUGUUGGAAAAAGUAUAAAUCAAUUGGGUUCCAACAUCCACUUUGAACACCCUUGGUAUCUGAGUUGUAAGUGAAGGACACAUCGGUCAUAGUUAUAUAGAUACGACUGUUCGAAACAUACCGCAUGGACUUGCACAUGUUCCUUGCAUACCAGGACGCAGCAUUGAGACCACUCAGAGGCUUUUCCGCAUUUAGUGUGUUUAGUAGCACAAUAAUGUGUCUGGCCCUGCAUAGUUGACAUUUUACCAAACUAGUGAGGAGAAAGAGGAGGUGUACAGGUGGCACAAGUGCACAUAAAUCGAAUGACAUAAACGUGUAAGAUAUCGCCUCGUACCGUGUGCCUUGAGUAAUCGUUGGAGUAGAUGGCGUCCAGAAGCUUGAUUGCAUUAUACUACAUAUAACUUGCCAGUGUAUUACAUAUAUAAUUUUGUGAUAAAAACAAUCAAAUUCAAGGAACAAUUUUUUACAAAAAUAACUUCCAUGAACCACCUGUGCCUGUUAAUGUGUACACAUCUUAUUUAGCAGUUGAAAUGUUUUAUUUUGAGGGUGCUUUAAAAAAAUCAGAAUAUACAUCCAACAAAACAAAUUAAAUGUCACGUUCUAAAACAACAUAUUUGUUUACAUUUAAUUUCGUUCCUACGUCGGUACAAUAGUGUAUUCUUUUAGUUACCGUUCCA